CUCAAACGACUUCGUUCUUUAAAUCCGAGCAACAGUCAACAUAUUUUUGUGCUUUAUUUUUCAUAGAAAAAUAAGUGAUAUUUAUUCGGUAACGCGUUUAAUAUUCGUAAUUUUACUAUUUUGCGGAAUUUCGGUGAUCAAAUAAACGAAACAGCAACAAAAGAAAAUUCCAUGUGUAUAAAUAGAAAAUACAACAAGAUUUUAGUUUUCUACUGUCUGCCACAAAAAAGUGUAUCUGUGUUUGUGUGUAGCGAGUGAGUUGUUGAGUGCAUAAAAAGAAAACGACGAAAUAAUUGUCUGAGAAUUCAUCCCAAAAAAGCCAAGAUAACAUUUCCCCACAACAAAUUAAAAGAAAAUUUUCAAGUGAAUGUGAAGAAUUACGCAAAAUGAGGAAAGAAGAAACGGCAAAAGAAAACAAAAGAUACAAGAAUAAAAAAUUAUAAAUCCACACAAAAGAAAGAAAAGAAAGAAUAGCGUGUAAUUGAAAGAAAUUUUAGUGACAAAUUGUUAUUGUGACCAAAAAACAGUAGUAAUAAUAAUAAUAAUAUUAAUAUUCAUUGAAAAGAAGUGACCCAAUAAACAAAAUCAAAAAAAAAAAAUAAUAAAAGAAAAGGAAUUUUACAACCAAAACAUCAAGCAACUAACCGACCUGUCAGCCAACCCGCCUUUUGGCAAAUCUCGCACAUAGUGUUAAUUUGUUUUACACUCCCUGUGUGUGUGUGUGCCUGCGUGCGUGUAUGAGCGUGUGUGUGUCUGUGAAUGCAAGUGCAUUAUUGCGUGCCUCUUGAUAUUUAAUUAUUAUCCAAGGGGAUAACGCACCGCCAGCCAGCCUAUCAGUCAGCCCGCCCGCCCGCCAGACUGUGUCGCACUGUACAAAUUGUUUGCGACAGUAACAAUAACAAGAACAACAAACAACAUUAACGCCACAUUGCAGUGCGUUAAAAUCCCCAUCCCAUUUUCAACAUCAUCAGCAACCGAGAGCCAUCAACGAAAUUCACAUCAUAGACAUUCAUCAUCCCCAUCAGCUUCAUUCUCGUCAGCAGCAGCAGCAGCAUUACCAGCAUCACCAUCGUCGCCAUCAUCGCCGUGCUAAAGAUCCAAGAUGACAUCUUUAGAUAUACGCAAUAAUUCGGCCGUUAUGAAACGUGCCGAACAGCUCAAACGCUGGGAAGAGUCCGAUACAAAUCAACAGCCGCCCGUACCGCGGCCAGAUCGCGGCAGCCGCAUCAAAUUCUCAUCGGGUUGUAUAUUUUUGGCCGCCUGUUUGGCCGGCGAUAAAGAGGAGGUUUUGAAACUGCUCGAACAGGGUGCUGACAUAAAUACCGCCAAUGUUGAUGGAUUGACAGCUUUGCAUCAGGCCUGCAUCGAUGAUAAUCUAGAAAUGGUCGAAUUUCUGGUGGAACAAGGCGCCGAUAUAAACAGACAAGACAACGAAGGUUGGACACCCCUGCACGCCACAGCCUCAUGCGGCUUUGUGAGCAUAGCACGCUAUUUGGUGGAGCAUGGUGCCGAUGUUGCUGCCGUCAAUAGCGAUGGUGAUUUAGCCGUGGACUUGGCUGUCGACAUCCAACAUUUGCCCAUGAUUGAUUUCAUGCAAAAAAUGGUGGCCGAACAACAAAUUGAUUGCGCCAAAGCCCGCCAAGCCGAACAACAACAAAUGCUGGCCGAUGCCAAAAAAUGGCUGCGCAGCGAUGCUGCCGAAAUUGAUAGACCACAUCCGAAGACGGGUGCAACAGCGCUGCACGUUGCUGCAGCAAAGGGUUAUACAAAGGUUUUAAGUUUACUGCUCGCUGGACGUGCUAAUGUUGAUGCUCAAGACAACGAUGGUUGGACACCAUUGCAUGCUGCCGCCCAUUGGGGCCAAAAGGAGGCAGCCCAGAUGCUGCUCGAUGCCAUGGCCGAUAUGGAUGCCCAUAAUUAUGCCGGUCAGACGUGUAUCGAUGUGGCCGAUCGUAAAAUGGUUAAAUAUUUGGAAGAAUAUCGAGCCAAUAACAAACGUAUUAAACGAAGGCCAUCUAGUCAAAUCAGUCGAAUCUCAGAUACAAUUGAAAAUCAUAUGGAUAAGACACCACCCAAAAUUAUACGUGUUGAAGUUCGACCUGAUAAUAAUAAGGACCAUCCUAAUGGGUCCCAUGGCCGUUAAUAAAAAAUACAUUUUCAAUGUAUUUCCAUUUCAUUUAUGAUUCCAUUCGAUACCAUUUUAAGCAUUUCUUCAUUUGUUUUCCAUAAUUCAUUAUAAGUUUUUGUUUCUCUUACGAUACGAUGCGUGCGUCUCUCAUGUCUACAUCAUUUCGAUUAUGGUCCAUUAUCAAUGUCAUCUUUAUCACAAUAAUCAAUUAAAUUUCACAUGUUUUCAUUACGAUUACAUAAUUUUCUCUAUCUACAUCAUAUUGAUGUCUAAACUAUAACUUGAUGGAUGAUUUUGUUGUUCUCUCCACAUUUCCUUUUGAUUCUUGUGUCUACUUUCCCCUUUUUGUUUUUGUUAUUUGUUUCUUGAAAUUUGUAUCGUUUUACUUUUUUGUGUUGUUGUAAAUGCUGUCCACAACAC